CUGCAGUCAGAUGAACUGCAGUUUAUUGACACACAAAGCCUCUAAAACGCGCUCAAAGUCAACCUGCCAGUAAUGAGAAGCACGGCAUGGCAGACAGACAGGACAAGGAGGUGGAGGAGGCUGAGCAGGUGUACCUGCUGAUGAAAGAGGAGUACAGGAUUUCACGCAACGUGCGUCUGUCCUGGUUCCUCAACCGGCUCAAUCAGGCCGUUCGGCCCAGUCCUCUGUCUGAGCUGCUGAAGUCAGAGAACGAGCUGGAUGUUUUGAGCGUCCUCCCGAAAGGAUGGCAGCCCGACUCUCCUUCCUCGUCCUGCCCGUGUCUGCUGGUUCCCUCCACACACGUCACCUUCCUGGCGCGCAGGUACCGCUUCAUCAUCGAGCUGGACCUGAGCCCGUCCACCGGGAUCGUGGAUGACAGCACAGGAGAGAUGAUCUUUGAUGAAGUCUUCCACGCUCUGUCUCGGUGCUUGAUUGGUCUGGCAAAACCCUUUAAAGUCCCAGGAACGGAUCACGUGUUCCAGCCAGAGAUCUUCAUCACUAUUCUGGCGUAUUCCUCCAUCAUUGGCCUUAGUUCUCAUCAGGUGUUGGUUCAGGGCUGUCAGCUGGACUGUAUGGAUUUGGAGCAGUUCUUGCAUCAGAUCUAUCAGCAGCUGAGAGCCGUGGAGAGCAGCAUCGCUGACGUCCUACAGCAGCAGCACAAUCAGUUCAGUGGAUCUGUCUAUCAGUCCUUCUCUAAUGAUGCAAUGGAGGAACUGUCUCAGAGGAAGCCAGGGGUUUCCAUGGUGACGGCUGAUGUUGGGCUGGUCAGUAUGGUGAGGCAGGGCAUUCUCGCUCUGCAACUCCUGCCUCCAAACUCUGGUGCUGGAAUAAUAAUCAUCACAGAUGGAGUGACGAGUGUUCCUGAUGUAGCUGUGUGUGAAACACUACUGAACCAGCUGAGAAGUGGAACCAUUGCCUGUUCGUUUGUCCAGGUGGGCGGCGCUUACUCCUACGACUGUAGUUUUGGCUACAUCCCCAACGUGGAGCUGAUGAAGUUCAUCUCCAUGGCAACCUUUGGCUCCUACCUGUCCAUGUGUCCAGAGUCUGACUCUAGAGGCGAUGAGAUGAACGCUUACCAUCGCGCUUUCCUCACAUACUCCUUCCUGAGGACCGGCGAGUCCAUGAACCCAGAGUACUACUGCCUCUCCCAGCACAGGCUCUUUAAUGAACACCUGGUGUCGGCCAGUGGAAACCCCGCCUUAGUGAUGCGCAGGAAGAAACACACGGAGAAGGAAGUGCACGCUGACUUGAUCAGUGUCCUGUCCAUCAGACUGCGAGAGGGAUACACCAUCCGAGAGAUCAACAUCACUAAAGGAGGAAGUCAGCUGGAGGUGAAGCUGGUCCUCCUCUGGAAGCAUAACAUGCGUGUUGAGUACCUCGCCGUGGCGUCCUGGCCCCUGAAUCCAGUCAAAAGCACCACCUGGGUGGAGGUGACCAUAGAGGGCAGCUACGACAUCCUCCAUGACAUCAGCUGCACCAUGAGGAAACCAAUCACAAGCCCCUAUCGGACGUCUGUCAUCCGCCGCUUCUGGAACACACUGCAGAGCAUAAAUCAGACAGACCAGAUGUUGGUGCACCUGCAGUCCUUUAAUUCCAUCCCAGAACACUACACCAUCCCCGAAAGCACGAAAAAUGGGGUUCCUCUGUUUUACAUCCCACCUGGAUCCACCACACCGGUCCUCUCCCUCCAGCACAGUGGCUCUAAAGACUCCAGCCAAUCCCAGUUUGCCUCCUACUGGAAGCCCAUCCUGUCCAUGGACGCCAACUUCUGGCAGCGCUGGCUGCACAUGCAUCACAUCGCUAUCCUUCUGGAGCAUGACGUCCCGGUCCCAAAGCACGUGCACAACGCUGGCAGUAACGGUCGCUUCAGUACCAUCCAGUGUCGCAUCUCUCACUCGGCGCUCACCUCGCUGCUCAGGGACUGGAGCAGUUUCGUCCUGGUGGAGGGAUACUCAUACGUCAAACUUAUUUACAGUGCCUCUGAGUUGCCGCCUGUCUCCUUCUAUCUGGUGCGUCUGAUCUCUAAAGCUCCCUGCAUGGUGCUGCGAUUGGGCUUCCCCAUAGGAACUCUGGCACACACCAGGAACAAGAUUGUGGAUGAACUUCGAGAGCAGAUCCUACGGCUGCGGUUCCCUCAUCGAGUCCAGAAUAAGGAGGCCACGCCAAAAACUAAACGGAAGAUUCUGGGUAACGCAUCGCCCUCCAAAUCCCCGCCUCUUCCUGCAGCCAAACCGGCGCUGUCUGACCGGCCGUGUGUGGUGGUGCUCAACAAACCCCUCGAAAAACUACUGAUCAGGUACGAGAAACUUCCGUCAGAUUUCCGCACCCCUUUCAUCUUAAACAUGGAGCCGUUCGCUCAGCCGCCCAUCAUGGGCGCCCCUCUCAGCAUGGCUGCCAGCAGAACAGCGUCCUCCACCAUGGCGUCUCUGUCCCGCUACUUCCUGCACCAGCGCUGGGUUUGGGCCGUGCAGAACGGCCCGGGAACCGCUGUAUCGCUGCACGCAGUUGCUCAUAUCCUCUCAAUGCUGUCCGAUAUUCGUCUGUCGGAAGGCUUCCACUUUGCCGCCAGUGGGGAGGGUAUCGUCAACAUGGUGGCAGAACUGCCAAUGCAGAGUCCGUCAGCUGAUUUAAAUGGAGAAAAACACACCUGCAUAGUCCAGUACAUCCUUUUCCCGCCUCAUUCCACUUCUACUAAGGACAGUUUCUCCACAGAUGAUGACAAUGACACUGAGGUGGAGGCCAUAGAUGUGGACACAGAGCUGAGUUUGGUGACGGAGUGCUGGGUGGAGCCUCAGAGCGGAGCCGUCUGUAGCUCACUGGAGCAGCAGAGACACUUUCAUCAGCUCACCUACCAGGAGAUCCCUCAGGCUAUCUUUCCCCGUGAUCUGUCGUGCAUGAUGACGAUGAUCACUUUUGAAUACCUCAUCCAGCUGUGUCAGAAUAAAGAGCAGGUGUGUCCUCUCAGAGAUGCUUCAGGCGAGCUCCCCGCCGCUGCUGCUGAUGACUGCAUACACACUGUGCCUUUCCAGUUCGACCUGCUGAAACUCUUGCCCAAGUGCCAGCAGAUCGAGCUCUUCUUCUACACCUUCAGCCGAGAGGGUCAAGCGGACGCCUCCCGUAGCGCCUCCUGUCUGCCCAACGAUCUCCUCCUCAGCCUCUUCCACAGCUCUCUGCAGAAUGAGCUCAGUGAUCGAGAGAUCCCAUUGACCGACGGCGAUCAUGUGGCGUUCAUGCAUCACAUCCUAGAGCGGGAAAGAGACGGUCAUGUGGCUCCAUUCUCACUUCCUGUCAUUAAAGAAGAGAGCUUGAAGACUCCGGAGAGGCAGGACACUGUUCUUUCUUUCCACACUAUAGGAAGCAGUAAAGAGGUGACGGGCUCCUCCAGCACACUACAGAGCUUCAGUAAUGCAGAUCUUGUAGACGACGAGCCAGCUGGCGCGGAGCAGGACUGCUUAUCUCCUCACUGGAAAUGUUACGCCAAAUACAUCAGCCAUCAGCAGAUCCUGCUCACUUUCCUGCCAGCUACAUUUACAGAUGUGCAGCUUUUGAUGUCUUCUGGGCUGGAAACUGAACCUCCAAUCAAUAGCAGUCUCCUGGAAGAGAAGGAGACCUGUUGUCAGGGCAAUGGCCAAUCACAGGCUGACUCCAUCAGCAGCUCUGCCAAUGGUCCACAGGUUGGAACAGGUCAACAUGGAGGACACAGGAAGGGGUCCACGGUGGAACCAGAAGCAGCACUGGAGACAUCUGCAGGACAGAGCAGCAUGAACGCAAGUGAUGCUGCUUCAGAGGAGAAGGACGGCGUUCAGUUUCUGGAGCCGCAGAAGCGAGACUGUCACAUCACGUUUGGCAGACAGACGUCUCAGCAGAGCAGUGCUGACGCAGCACGACCCCGCUGCCCCAUCUACAUCUACAACUGCUCACUGGACUCCCUCAAAGAGCAGCUGGUCCAUCCGCGCUCAGGACGCCAGCCCAGAGACGUCUUCUUCAGAGCUCAAGAGACAGACUCCUGGGAGUUCAGUCAGCAGCCCAAAUACAGGUCAAUCUCUCAGGAGCGCAGCAGCGCCUCCUCCUGGACGGAGCUCAUGACGCACCCUCACAAACACAAAGAACUGGCCAACUACUGCAGCCUGCUUCAGGAGCACUACUACCAGAGCUAUGUCAAAGGUGUUUAUCGCAGUCUGCAGCAGUCGCACAACGUGAGCUCGCAGGACCUACUGACGGCUAUGGACUACUGCGAGGAGUCGCUGCAGGAGAUCGACAUCACUUCCUUCCUGCAGACGCUCUGCGGACACGUGCGUGUGUUUCGUGAGCGUCACGAGCUUCACGGCUCUGUCAACGUAAGCAAGUCCAGGAACGCUCCCACAACCUUCAUCAUCGGAGAGGAAGAGGAUGAUGGAGCUGACAGAGCCACGCUGGUGUCUUCAUCCAGUAUUGAACUGGAGGAUGUGAGUGAAGGCGAUUCCAGAGGGAAAGUCUCUGCUCCCACAUCCCCACUGGACCUGGAUGAGCCGAAGUCUCCAAAAAUCCCAGAAUUCCCUCUGUCUCUCCUCCAGUCCCAGCAGAAAUGUGAAGUGUAUCCUGAUUUACACAAAAUCAUACAGGAUAAGUUCAUGGAAAUUGGUGCUCAGUAUUUCAAGACGGUACCGUCCAAUCCACAUUAUUUCUUUUACUGCCUUCCAUCUUCCAAAAAAGAGGAGGAUUCAGACAGAGAGGGAGAGCGGAGAGCCAGCGAGGACUGUGAGGUGUCUGAAGCUGAACUCGCCACAGAAGACGAGAACGUGUCGGGCUGCUGCAUCGUGACGGAGAGUGACACAGAUCUGGAGGUGGAGUAUCAGGAUUGUGGGAAUGGCAGAGCGGAGGCUGGAGGACAGGGAGCAGGUGAAGGCGAGUCUCCGUCGGACUCCAACACGGUGAACCAGGACGAGGACUCCUUCAGUAUUCUGGACGGAGACUCUCUGCUGGAGGUGGAGGGUCCGCAGCCGGAGAUGCCGCCUCUGUUUGUGCACCUCACCUGCUCCGUCAACAUGAAGAGCUGCCAUGGCUCCAUGCCCACACAAACACUGCCAACCUGUCUGGGUGAAGUCAUUACCAGUCUUGAGAACGCUGAGAGUCUUCAGUCGGUGGAUCUGAACGAGUUGUCUGUCACUCUUGAUAUCUUCGUGCUCACGUUACCUCUGGAGAUCGAGGUCAUGACUCCUGACUUCCACCACAACAGUGAUCCUGAUUUUUCUCUGUACAUGUCCUAUCGCUCUGACGAGGAGAUCAUGGCUAAUCUGGACGGCCUGCGCGGGGUCGGUGUGGAAAGUAUGUCUGGAGAUCCCCUGUCCAAACUUCCUAUUCCACACAAAAUGGCUGUUUUAGCCACUAUGGAUGAGAUCCAUUGGCUGUUGGAGGAUGAGAUAGUCUCCGCUCUGCGGCACUCGUCUGUUAUCAGCUCCUCCACGCUGCAGAAAGUGUCGGAGCACGUGUGUCGCUCCAGCGGCCGCCCGCAGUGCCACUGUGAGCUCGUUCCCUUGCAGUUCGUAUUUGGUCCCGAGCAGUCGCUGGAAAAGUUUCAAGAGGAGUUCAAGAGGUUAUCGCUUCCUGGUUACCUGCUGAACGCCGAGCAGCACAACUUCCACUACGUCUCACUGAGUCGCCAGCAGUCUCACAGGCUUCAGGCCGUGACACAGCUGUCUAACAUCACUGCUCAGUACUUAACGGCUGCAGGAACAGUGUCUCGGCAGAGCAGCCUGUGUCCUGAGGUGGAGGACGGAGCCAGAGCAUCAGCAAACAGAGAAGCAGAGUCCAAGAAAAAAGAGCCCGACACUGAGCUGGUGGAGUGUGGAGAAGUGCAGAGGGCUGAUGAGGACACGCGGCCUGCUGCAGCUGAUUCAGCCAGCGAGUCUCUCUCCGAGACCUCUGACCCCGGGCAGCUCAAACAGGCCGACGCGGAGGAGACUCGACCUCAGAGUGACGCUCACCUGCAGGCGGGCAGCAGCAGCACCGAGCGCUCAUCUGAUCACACGUCGCCUCCCAAAACCCCCUCCGCCGCCAGCCUGGCCGAGUCCGUGCAGUCCACCACACACAAUAUUUUACACGUCGUCUCCAGUCAGGGCAGCCUGGACUCAGACAUGCUGGGUUAUGAUGGAGGCAGCAGUGAUUCUGAGUGCGACGGACCCACUAUGAAUGAGCAGGAGAGACAGAGGCCGCUCAUGCCUGAUUUCUGGCUCAUCAUCAGAAUUCAUCAGGACAGAGUGGAGGUUUUCUCUCAUGCCAGGAGUUUUAACAGAGAGAAAGAGGAGGAGGAAGAGGAGGAGAUCCCAGAGUACCUGCGUCUUCAUCAGCUGGUGGUGAGGAGGAUUGGAGAAAUGUGCCGAAUAGUCAACCAGCGCCUCCUACUGCAGGACUUGCAUGACAGUCGCGUGUGCCACUCUCUCUUAGUGGCUGAGAGCGAAGAGGACAUCUGGAAGCACGAGUCGCUCUACAGGCCCAGGAUGACCAACUCAGACGACUACAAUGCAGAUGAGAGCUAUCAGCCGCGGGACUAUCUUGCCGCCACCAUGCAGUUCAUCCCGGGUUACUUCGCCUGUGACGUGGUCUGGAGCACCGUUAUUUACAUUCACCCACGCCUCAAAAUGGGGCCCAACAUGGGCGUGUCCCGGGCUAUCCAGGCUCUGCGCUCCGUUCUAAACGCUUUCUGUGUGGUAAACCGCAAAAACAUGUUUGUUUAUCAGGAGCGCACCACCAAAUCUGUGUUCUACCUCCGACUCUCCGAGACGUCUCAGGCAGGGAAGUACAGUGAUUUGGAUGGAAACGUGCACGUGUCGCGCUCUGUCGGUCUGGCCCGCAGCCAGGAGCCGCUGGGCUCUGAGGACCUCACGGCAUCACGCUCUUCUCUGGAAGGCUCAAGGCCGGUUGGACUGGUGGACAAACACAUUUUGCUGCAGGUGCAUGGCGUAGGGACUGCAGGUCCAGAGAUCUCUGAUGAACUGGUGAAGGUUUUGAGGAAGCGUCUGGACGAGGCCACGCUGGACAUUAUUACGGUCAUGCUGGUCAGAAACUGCAAACUGACACCUGCAGAUGUGGAGUUCAUUCAGCCUCCCAGCUCUCUGGCGACGGAGGUGAUGGUGUUCUGUCUGCCGCAGUACUGUGUGCCGUGGAUCCAGGCGGUGGCUCACUACCUCCGUCAGAACCUCCUCAUCUUCCUCCACAUCCCCAAAUACACUGACAGCAACAUGGAGCACCACUUUAAGCAUUACUUCCAUUUGAGCAGCGAGCUGCCCGAUCAUGACAUCUACCUGUACAAUAAACCUGGAGGCCAGGGCACAGGAGGCAAAGGUAUCGCCUGCAUCGCGCUGUCGUUCAUGGACGCUAAAGGCUGCGCGCUGCAGGUUCCCGCUCAGGACGGCAGCGGCCCGGCUCUCAGAGGAGACGUCUCCAGCAUCUCCCUCCAGCCGGACCAGUUCGAGGCCUUGACGACUGUCGUCAGCCAGAGCUCAGGUGCAGCCGUGUGUGUGCGCUUCGACGUGUGGGAGCAGGGUAACAUCAGCCCGCUGCAGCUGACCGACCGGCUCCGGGCGGCUCUACGCCAUGCCCUCUGCGACAUCCUCAUGGAGAUGCGCGUGCUGCCGAACCCGUUGUGUCUGGACACCUUCUGCCUUCCUGCAGCCGCCCAGCGGGACGAGAGCACAGUUGCCUUGAGUCUCCUGCAGUCUGACAGUAAGGAGGUGAAGGAGAGCGUUCGGCGGCCCAGUGGAGCUCAUGGGCUCAAGAGCAGCCCGUCUCCCAUCAGCCUGAGUUCUGUGCCCAGCUCCACCCCGACCGCUGGAACCAGCACGCCCGAGUCCACCACACCCACCGGCAAAACCACGCGCCGCAGCUUCUGGGAAAUGCUGAGUAAACCAGAGACUUCUGAGCUUGGCAGUCCGAAGACGACGGAUGACAUCGUACCAGAGCGUGUCGAGGACAGUCGCGUGAGCCGGCGGAGACACAAGACGGAGAGCGUCAAACAGCAGUGGAACCAUGAGAAAGCCAUGGCAGUCGAGCAAGAGCAGGCCCAGAGGAGACAUGCAGUCCAGCUGGAGGAAGGUGAUACAGGCACUCUUCAGCCCAUCUACCAGACCACGUACCUGCCCUGGGUCACCUUCAUGAACAGACUGGGUUGUCCUUCCAUCCAGCACUGUUCAGCUGAAGCCUCGCAUAAUUUCCUCAUGCCCUCCAUCCUCACAGAGACGGUCAAUCUGGUCGGCUCACUGGCCGGUGACAUGGCAGUCAAAGUGUUUGAAAGAACCAGCUGUCCUCAGGGAGACAUCUAUGUCCCCCUGUCAAUCAUCCAGCACAUCAGCCAACCACCUGGCACCACCAGGAGCUUCAUUCUCAUUGGUCGCAAUUUCAGCCAAUGGCACUGCAGUACAGAACAAGAAGACAGUUCAGAUGAAGAGAACAGUCCUGUACUAAAUAGGUGCACACCUCAUAAGGGCCUGCAGCGGUUCGAGGGUUUGGAGCACAGUGAUUGGCUGAGCCCGGGGCAGGCCGUGAGGGUCGUGGCUCCACGCCAGCGCUUCCUGUACAUACAGAUUGUCAAUAAGAAGGUGACUCUGUACACAUAUAACUGGUCGGUGGAUCUGGGCGUCUCUCUGAAUCAGGGUCUGGUCAGACUGGUGCAGUGGCAGAACGCCCGCGCUCAUGUGGUCAGCUGCCUCCUGAGUCAGAAAAUGGGCCUUUUCCAUCAUUACUGCUUCUCUGAUACACCUACACAUGAGGACCUGAAACAGGAGCCCAACCCGUUCCUGAGCUCCACGAUCGAGGCGGACGCUCUGUUGAGGAGUCAGGUUCCUCCGGCCGUGAGUAAGGAUCAGGGUCGGAUGGGCAGCUCUACUCGUGCUCUUCCUCCUCUGGCCUUCCCCGGAGAACUCGUGCCCUUUGAUGAAGCUCUGAGAGACGUGAACACAGUGAGGCCCCUGACUAGUCAGGACGGACCCGAUAUAGUCGCUCGCCAUGGAGCCCAGCUACUGGAGGUCAAAGCCGCUGAGCGCAGAGAGCUGGAGAGACAGAUGAAGAUUGAGAAUCUGUUUGUGAUGUGGCAGCAGCGCUCGGCUCAGUCCAACAUGCCCAUCUCUGUGGCGGAUCUGGACACACUGAAGCAGUCGUCUCGGCUGGUCCAUUACUGCGCCACUCCGCUGCUCUUUGACCCCGUCUUCCGGAAACAGGUUCAAGAGGAACAGCUGCCUCAGCCACAGAUGAAGAAGCGGCAUCGCUCCAGUGACUCUACAGCGUCCGGCCGCGAUCGCAGCUACAGCAUGGAUUCUGCAGACAUGCUGCCGAGUCGUCUGAAGGAGGAGCCGUGGCUGCAGGAGAUCUCCAGCAUGUUCCUGCAGCAGUAUGUGCAGUAUCUGCAGAGCAUGGGCUUCAUCCUGGUGCAGGUCCGGCUACAGUCGCCCGCUCGCAGCAUCGCUCGAGCCCGAGCCGCCAUGUUGAGUUCUUUAUCCACCGAAGGCAGAUCUUCCUUCUCCUCUUUCUCAUAUAAUAAGCAGAAGAGUGAAGACAGCCCCAAGAGCAAUGCAUCGAGCUCGGCGUCGUAUCACCUGCAGAGGGCGCUGCCGGGAGGAAUCGUGCUGAUGGAGCUGGCUUUUCAAGGCUGUUAUUUCUGCGUGAAGCAGUUUGCAUUAGAGUGCUCAAGGAUUCCCAUGGGUCAGACGGUUAAUUCUCAGCUGUCCAUGCUGUUCACCGAGGAGUGCGAUAAGGUGCGGGAUCUGAUGCACGUUCACUCCUUCAGCUACGACUUCCACCUGCGUGUGGUGCAUCAGUACCUCGUGGGCUGUCACAUGACCCUGCGGCAGGGGUACCAGCUCACGGCCUUUCUGGAGGACUUCAUCGCCCAUCACCCUGACAUACCCAAGUUUGGACGCAACCAUGUCUUCCAGGGGAGUUUCUCCAUAUCGACAGGGAUGAUCACAGCACAUCAGCUGUAUAAUUACAUCACUGAUCACGCCGGCACUUACGGGAUGAAGCCCCUGCGCAUGUCUAAAGCUGCAGUUACCACCGAUAACAAGAAGGGGGCGCCGAGCGCAGAUCUGCACGAGUACGUGCUGGUCGCUCUGUGGAACAGCUCUGGCUCGUUUAAGGAUCUGGAGGGAUUGCGACACCAUGAUGACUUUGACGUGUCGCUGCUGGUUUGUCAUAACGCCGCCCCGUUUGAGGAGCAGUCGGAGGGAGAGAGACACCUGCUCAGGCUGCGUUUCUAUGUGAUCAUGACCAGUCAGAGGGAGCUGUUCCCGCGUUUGACUGCAGACAUGCGGCGCUUCAAGAAGCUUCCCCAGAUCCACCGUGACCCCAGUGACCUGAGCGACCGCGUCCCUGCAGAGCGGAUGGAGGCCGGCGGGGAAUCUGAACUGGACCUGUGGGAGGACACCACCGCCUCUGUCACCCCUGCAGCCAGCCCUGAGUCUGACCCCAUGGAGAGCCUCCUGCACGCAGACGCAGACACAGACGACUCCCAGGGGCUCUUCUACCUGUGUCCUCUCUUCCCCCUGCUCAGUUCGGAGGUGCUGUCUGCUCGCCGGCAGAUUCAGAACAGCGUGGAGCAGGCCAUGGGCCACUGCCGCAGAGAUAACCUCUGGAGGAGGCUCUUUCACGGAGAGCACUUGGCUCUGGAUAAACUCAAACUCAGCAAGCUGGCCUUCGGUGAACUGGAAGAGCUGCUGGAUGCUGUGCAGAGCAGAUCGGUCUCUGAGAUUGACCCGCAGCUGGACUGUUUCCUGAAUAUGAGUCCCACCUGGUACCAGAGUCUCAUCAAAGUCCUGCUGUCCCGCUUCCCACAGAACUGCAGGCACUUUAAAGACGACGGCGGCGGCAUACAGUAUCUGGCCGUCCUGAACCAGAAGUUCACAGACUGUUUUGUGCUCGUUUUCCUGGACACACAGGCAGGAAAAACUAGUCUGAAGGUGGUUUUCAGGGAGCCGUUACCUGCGCAGACGCAGUCGAGCAGCAGUCCUCCACCGCAGCUGGUCUCCAUGUACCACCAUCUGGAGUCGGUCAUCAACACCGCCUGCUACAACCUCUGGACGGGCCUGCUGUGAACCUGUGUUUCUGCCAGCGGUGCAUCAGAUGGAGUCAAGUGUCUGAAGUCGGUUUGUGCAAAGAUUGAGCUUUGUGCCGCCCGUCGCUCGCAGACUGAGACUGAACGCGUCUCAUGUGUGUAAUACGUGCUGCGUCGGCCAGGUUGCAUCCAUUUAAGCAAUUGAAUUUCCAACAUUUUGCACAGGAAACCGGCUAAAUGCGCCGCCCUGUUGAUUGAAGGGCGAUUAUCCAGGAGGGUGUAUUUAUUGCGUGUGAAACUCCGCUGGUUUGUCAAAGCCAUACUGUCCUUCUGUAGUCUAGUGUUCAUUUGUGCUGUGUUUUCUCCAUCUCCUCUCAGUUGCUGAUGUCGUUUCUGUAGCCUAUGUGCAUUUUUUUAUUUUUUUGACCAACAUGAUUGUCUUUACUGCCAUUUUUUCAUCCCGAAAGUGCCUUUAUUUUAUUUUCAUAUGAACUUGAUGGGAGCUAGCUAGUGUAUUAUGUUCACCUUUCAAGAUGAAUCUCUUAAAGGGACAGUUCACCCAAAAAUGAAAUUCUGUCAUAAUUUAC